AAUCUAAGAAAACAGAUGAGUUGAUGAAUGGAUUUCACAGUCCAAAUGGUAAGGGUGAUACUCAAGAUGGGGUAAGUGAACCUUCUGUGAGUACUGGAACCCCUCCAAAAAAGCACAAUCUGAAAGAUCUGAAGAGCUUCAGAAAAGGAAGAUUGAACAUGAGAAACAGUCCAUCUUCCAAGUUUGAGUCUGAUUCAACUUCCAUCAUGAGCCCUGCAUCUGACUCAGUUCGAACUGUACCAGAGACGCCAGAAUUUCCACAUGUGACAAAGCAAGAAGGGAUCUUCAGGAUGGAUGACAAGGAUCAUGAUGAUUCAAGUCCAGAAAGCCCAUUUUUCUGCAAGAAGAAGCGCCGCAUAAUUUUUGAGAGUGAUGGUGAAUCUUCUGAUGGUGAGAGGCCUGAGAAGAGUCCCACUUCUCACCUCACUUCGCAUUACACAGUAAAUGAAGACAGUGGAGAAGAGAGGGAUAUAAUUACCAGAAAAGGCACAAAGAGAAAGCCUCUGUUGAGUGAUAGUUCUGAUGAGGAGGAGAGACAUAAGGAAUAA